AUGUCAAGUUACGAUGCGUUCCGUCGCGAUAUUCGCAACCAACUACGCGCGAAGUUGAUGAGAGGUGACAGCACCAAUCAACGAUUUGCCAUCACCGGAACCUCAAAAGAAGUCCUCACCGCAACCCAGCUGGAAUGCCUGUUCGACACCCUUCUCAUUGGUCACAUGGCCGAAAGGCCGAAUUUCAGGAUCGAUAAACAUGACUUCUCCAAGCUAGUGCAACAUAGAGAACUUCACGACUUCCUCGCAGUUUUGUUGUUUGCGAGGUGUCCUGUUGAAGCCGCGCGGGCUUUCACCUUGAACCUCGUCUAUGGCAACAUUUGGACAGAAAUUAUGAGUAGUGAAUCCGGCAUGCUCAAGGAGCCUCCUCGGCGAAGCCUCUUACCGACGGACCGAGAUUUUCUCAACCGAAUUUUCGACGCCGACGCAGAUACAGUGGACAUGUUCUACGACACUCAAGCGUGCUUCUCUACCGUCGUCAUACGCUGCGGAAAGGAAGAAACCGGCACCGUUGUAGAGGUUCUUGAAAGAUGCCGACUUCCAUACAUUCGAGAGAAGCCUCUAGGGUCCGGAUCAUACGGAGAUGUUUACGAAGUUGAAGUUGCUAAAGGCCAUUUCGUCACCGAUGGAGAUGCAAAUUCUCAACCGAAAGUACUGGCGCGCAAGGACUACAAAAUCAGAUCUGCAGACGACUUCAGAGAGGAGGCGAAAACAAUGAACCUCAUCCUCCAAAGCACAUCAAAGCAUGAUAACAUUCUGAAAAGCAUUGGUACCCUUGAGAUUAGAACCGAUCCGUUGAGAUUCAGCCUUUUCAUGGAACUAGCGAUCGACAACUUGGAUAACUACUUGAUGAUUGGGGAUCCCUCGCCAAAAUUGGACGUCGAGGAUAGAAUACGGUUCCUUAGGUCUGCAUUGGGCCUUGCGAACGGGCUCCGUUUUCUCCAUACGCAGAUGAUGACACCCGACGGGCAGGAGAUGGUAUGUUACCAUAUGGAUCUGAAACCCAGCAACGUCCUCAUUUUCAAAGACACACGCCAAGGAAGUCACGAAAAAGAUCGAAUUUGGAAAGUGAGCGACUUUGGUAUGUCCAGGGUCAAAAUGCCUCAUAACCAAACCCUGCCACACGUCGCUGAAGGAGAGUUCGAUUUCAAUAGGAUGUUCAACAAACAAGCCCAAUCCAAUACGGUAUCCAGGACUCAAGGACGUGUCGGUAUCAGUACGUAUCUUCCUAGCGAGGCUCUCUCGCCGGAAAGAAGCAUGAAUCAGAAGAGCGACGUUUGGUCACUUGGAUGCAUAAUCAGUGUUCUUUUCACAUAUCUCGAAGACGGCGCAGACGGGAUACAGCAGUACCAAAAAUCUCGGCGCAAGGAGAACGGGAAUACAGAAGAGUUUUUCAAGAGAGGCUAUUUGGGGUACAAGAUCAAUCCAGCAGUAAGACAAUGUCAUAGCAAGCUUAUCGACAAAGCCAGCUCCCGCAACUCGCUGGAAAAGGGUCCGAUGAGCUUCAUGCUUGAUUUCCUGGAGAAAAGGGUGCUUCAACCGGAUCAGAAGGAUCGAUGCGAUGCCAAAAUGGUAGCAGACCACUUGAGGCAAACGGUUGAGAAGUACAAGGGAACAGCGGUUCCAAAAGAAUCAGCUGAUGAGCCCAAAUCGAAGCGGCGCGUGCUAGACAGGUUCACGUUGCUGCCAGAUCAAGAUGGCGUUGAGCAAUGGAAAUUGGAAAUUGCAGCGCCUGCUAGCCUCAAGGGCUGCAACACAUCCCCUGAUGGCUCCAUCAUCUACUGGAGCGACUCCUGCCUCUUUCUUCUCACUUCAGCCUCUAAUGAAAAUGUGAGAAAGAACUUUCUUAGGCCGAUUGGAAGAUACAGGCUCGAAGACGGCAAUGGCUUUUGGAAGGCUGCCAUGAUAUCGAGACGCUAUCUAGUCGCGACUACAACAGGUAGUGACUCUAAGUGUUUCAUCUUCCGGCUGCAGGGCGGCCACGCUGAGACUCCCAGUUUAGAGGAGGCCCCUAGUAUCAUUAGUCUUUCGAACCCGGUACACAAGCUCGUCCUUUUAGAGGACCGGAACAUACAUAUAGUCUUCUGGAUGUCAGAAGAUAAAGAUGAUGAUACUCGGAGCGUCUUGGUCAGAGCUCGUGUCAGCCAACCAUCGCUAUUGAGCACAGAGACGAGUUUUGUACCUCAAAACGACGCUGCGUUUCUAACAGAUGAGAAGAGAUUUUCUCUCAAAUGGCCUGUUUCUGAUAUCGUUCAUUUAUGCAUGAAGACGUCAUCGGAAGGGCACAUUGUUGUCCGCCCAAAAGACCAAAGUCAUAUGGUAUCAAUCAAGCGUAUUUCACUCACUGAACUAGGGACCGAAACUAUCGGUCAGAUUAGAUUCGAGAGCUUUACAUUCACGCCAGAGGGGCCCAGUGGGAACACUUCUAGCCUUUUCACAACAAUCGCCCACUUCCACAAGAAAUUGGGGGUAAUUGUUAUUGCCCACGAGAAACAAAUGUUUGAGAUCGGCUUCUCUGCGGAUGGUGUCAGCGCUAGGGAGCCCAAAUUGAACAUCAUCGAUAAAUAUCGACUUCUUAAAAUUGUUGUCGACGAAACAGAUGAGACGUUUAUUGCUUUAGGUCGACAGUCUGCAGACCACAGAGUAUCGUUGCUACGUAUUACGCGGACUGGUCUACAUGGCCAACCUUCUGUCCAUAAGAUAGUAGAACUUGGUGGUCUGUCAGAUUCUGACGAAGCCAUGCUGGCACUAGCUGAAGGGGAAGAUAUGGGGAAGAAGGUUGUGCUUGUUACAGCUCUAGUUUCUCUCGACAGGAGCGCUGUAUAUAAGGUUCUGUUGCCACGGUAA